AUGGGCGCUCCCGGGCCAGGCCACACCCCUUCGGUUCCACGUGGUUGGCGGCGGGGCUGGAGCUGCCCUAGCCGCUUGAUCUGCGUGCGAUAAGGGUCUCGGAAUGGCGGACGCCGAGUCUGGCGGUGCUGCUCGGUUCUCUUGUCCCCCCAACUUUGCCGCAAUGCCCCCAACCUCAGAGCUCCCUCGUUUUUCCUUGGAGGCUCUGACGGGCCCAGAUACGGAACUGUGGCUCAUCCGAGCCCCUGCAGACUUCACCCCAGACUGCCUCAAUGGGCGGCUCGUGCCUCUCUCUGGCUCCCGGAUUGUGAAGGGCAAGUUGGCAGGCAAGCGGCACCGCUACCGGGUCCUCAGCACCAGCGGCCCCCAGGCUGGAGAAGCCACCUUGCUGGCCCCCUCUCCCGAGGCAGAUGGUGGACUGAUGUGUGCCCCUGCUCCCCAGGGCUGCCUAAGGAUCUUCGAAGGACCUCAAGAAUCCCUGUCAGGGACCCCUCUGCACCCUAUUCCGGCCAGUCCCCCACCCCAGAUCCCCGCUGGCCUGAAGCCUCGGUUCUGUGCCUUUGGAGGCAGCCCUCCGGUCACAGGGCCUGGGUCAGCCUUGGCCGGGAAGACAUCGGGUUCUGGGAAGAGGAAAAAGAAAAGGCAGGUGCCAGAGGUCUCAGUCCCUCAGGAGGCAGUGAAUGGGCACAGAUCCCUGGAGGGGGACAUAACUGCGGGGUCCCCAGAGAUGAGUGUGGGGAAGAAGCAGCAGCAGCUGAAAGAACUGGAGGUGAUGGAGCCACUAGCAACAGAGCCCGAAGCUGAGGUGAUGGAGCCCCUGGAAGUGCCGUUCCCGUCCACUACCAAGAGGAGGAAGGAGCUCAGAGGGGCAGAAGUGGUCAAACUAGAAAUGGGGAUGCCAGAGCCAGAAGAAAAAACAGUGGAGCUGGAACUUGUGGUUAAAACGGAGCCUCUGGAAGAGGCAGUCCCAUCCCCCACCAAGAAGAGGAAGAGGCCGAAGGGGACAGAAGGGAUAGAGCCAGAGGAGGGGAUGACAGUUGAUGGUCCACUGCAGGUAAAGGUGGAGCCACAAGAGGGAGCCACCCCACUGCCAUCCAUGAGGAAGAGGAAAAAAGCAAAGGAGUACAAAAUGAUGAUGGAGCCAGGGACUGAGGCUGUGGAGCCUGAGGUAAGACCUGUGGAGCUCCACGGCGAGAUGAUGGAGCCUGAACUGUUGGAUGAUGUUGAGCCUCCAGCCGAGGCAGCUCCUCUGGCCGAGGCAGCUCUGGCAUCUGCCAAAAAGAAGAGGAAGAAAGAAAAGUGGCAGAAAGUGACAAUGGAGCCAGGGGCAGAGCCACAAGGUGAGGUGGUGGCACCUGAGCUGCCAGGUGACAAUGAGCCUCAGGUGGCUCUGGCAUCCACCAAGAAGAGGAAGAAAGAAAGAGGGCAUAAGGUGAUGGGGCCAGGGACUGAGAUGUCUGAGCCCCAAGGGCAGAUGGUGGAGCCUGGGCUGCAAGAUGAGGGUGAGUCUGAGAUCCAGGCAGCUCUGGCAUCUACCAAAAAGAAGAAGAAGCGGGGCCAGGAGAGUGGGGGGCCAGAGAUGGUGCCCCAGGAGAAGAUGCUAGAACCACUGCUGAAUUUGGAGUCUGGGGAGGUGGCCACAGGACAGGAGAAGCGGAAGUACCUGCAGCAGGAUCCUAUGUAGUCUCUCCCCCAGGGAGACUGACGACUGCAACCAGGAGGAGCUGAAGGUGGCCCACGGGCCCAAGGACGAACCCCCUUCCCAGCCACACCCAGCAGGAGCCUGGAACGGGCAAAUACUUUAUUAUGACACCUGGGGCGUCCUUGGCAGCCGGGAUCACUGGGGUGCUUUCAGGAAGGGCUCAUGUAAGACAUCAAACAGCCUCCGGGCCUGGGUGGGAGGGAGAGAGGGAAACGAGAACCCAGUUAUUAAACAAGCUAUUUGUUUGGUA